GUCACAUUUCAGUUCUUCUGUUUUUCUAUGGUUUCAGUGUCAGUGACCUCAGUUUUCAUUUUGUGGUUACUUUAUUUAUUUUUUAAAUAACAGUUUAAUAACGCAAAAUGACAGCCCCUAUGGAGCGCAUUCAAGUUUUGGAUUCGAUAGAAAAGGAUAUAAUAACAUGCUUACAUAGCGCAGGGCAAGUAUUCGUUGAACUCAGCAAGGAAAAAUCCAGUUUAAAGCAGGCCGAAAAUCAUACACAAAUGUUCCUGAAAACAUUAUCAGCUGUCGAAAAUAAAUUAACUGACCAAAUCAAUUAUCUGACUCAAGUAUCGACUGGACAACCCCACGAGGGAUCAGGUUAUGCCUCUCAAAAGGUGUUGCAAAUGGCUUGGCACCGAUUAGAACAUGCUAGAUCUAGAGUUAACGAAUUAGACAGGAUUAAAGUGAAACACCUUCAAGGAAGGACGGCGCAAAGGAGUUUGCCCAGUCAAGCUGGUGGUGGACAAAUGCAAGUUUCAACUAUACCUCCAGGAUCUGCGACGUGAUCUUUUUCUAAUUUUUUAUUAUGGAUAGCAGAUUAACAGUGAAAUAUACUCUUAUGUCGUUAGUUAUACAAGUGAGAAGUGAAUAAUGUGUGUGUUGCUCCAUGAGAACAAAAAAAAUUUUAAAAAUAUAGUGAAGUUUGUUUAUUAUGUUCCGUUUUUGCUUAACCAUUGUACUAGAUUUUCACAUACUUUUAUUUUCACAUUACUGUUGUGUUUUAUAUUACAAGAGUUGCUGUGAUGAAAAAUACUUAUAUAAUUAUGAGGAUUAUUGUAAUGGACUCAUUUGCAAAAAAAAUGGAAUUGUUUAAUAAUGAUGUUUUAGGAAUAUAGAUCUGUGUGCUACAUAGAUUUGACAGUAUAGUAUGUACAAAAUAUAGAGAAAGAGAGUAGGCGCCAAGGUGUAAAAUGCACAUGCGAUUUCUCAUAUUUAUUACAUGAUAUUAAGUGUUAUUGCAUAUUUUGCAUAUAGAUUUGACAAUAUAUUUUUUAAUUGUUGUGUUACUACCAAAAAAAGAGUAAAUUUCUUAAUCAGAAAUAGUUUAUUUUAAAAUCAAUAUGAUUUAUAUCUUAGGUUACGUGACUUAGGGCAAAUUGCUGCCGUUUUUGCUGUUCAUAUUGGAACAGCUACAAAACACAUAAAGUCGGCUUUGACUCCAUCCAUAGUAUACUGUCAAAUUUAUGGUAUGCUAUGAACACUUGGUCUACCUGUCCACAAGCGUGUGAUGCUGUUUAUAAUAAAUAAAUUUAGAUUCGAAUAGAAAAUAUAUGGAUUUUAGACAACUGUGGUUGUUAUAACCUACCACUUAUAGACUUAAGAAUGUCUCCUUUGAAUAAUAUAAUAAAGGAUUUUAGUAUUAUUUACAUAUAAUUCAAUAAAGGAACAAAAACAAACUCUUACAUUUAUAUAAAUAGUAAGUAAAUGAUAUGAAUCAAAGGAUUAGGAAAUAUUUACAGAAAUUCAUUUUGAAGAUACAAACCAAACUUGUAUUUUGUUAAAUAGGAUUAUAGUAUUCUAGGUUUUUCUGAUAGUAAUAAGGAUAUCGCCAAAAGAUUGAGCUGUAAGUUCAAUGCAGUAGAAAUUGUUGUUAAUUGUUAGGACACUAAAUCUUUUGGCUAUAUUUCUGUUACUAUUAGAGAUUUAUCUAUGAAACCCUACAUUAAUGUAAUCCUGAUAAAGCUUUUUAACCAAAUACGUAAAAAUGUACACCGAUCUAAUUCUAAUAAUAUUGACUUGAAAUCGCAUGAAAAUUUUCAAAUAUUUUGGUCCUGCCAUUUUUUUUUUAGAAAGAAAGUAAAAGAG